CUUAGAUUUUUCCAGCGACGCUGUCUUCUUCCCCUGUUGCGCGCCGUGGAGCUCCCACACGCGUUUCUUCCCCUGCCGAAGCCCUCCCAUGGCGCCCGGCUCUGCUUGCCCGUGGCCGUCGUUCCUAGGAUCAGCCUCCAUCUCCAGUUCGUCUCUCUCCCUGCGCGCUUUCCCAGACGCGCGCCUAGCUCCUCGCGCGGGUCUCUGGUGCUCAGCAGCCCAGCUCCCUCUGCUCGCGACGCACGCCCAGCCUCUCCCAAGAACUCGAGUUCCUCUGCUUUUUCCCCAACCGCGCGCGGUACUUCUCCUCUGCUCGCUCGUCGCCAUGGCGAUGGCCACCGAGCUCCCUUGUCGUGGCUUCCUGCUUCCUCGUCGCGCGCGUAGCGUUCCGUCGUUCCCUGCCGUGACCCCGUCGUGGUGCUUCCUCGCGCGCAGCUCACCCCAACUCCCAUUCGUAGUGGUCGCCAGUCGUCGACCUAGCUCGGAUUCCAUUUCGCCAACACCUGCUCCUAGUCGACGCUUGCUCGGAUUCGCGUCCCUGCGCCCAGCCAAGUUCACCCCUGCGUGCAGCCGUGGGUUUCUCUGCACAGCGUUCCUGCUCCCCGGCCUCUGUCGUGCUCGACAGCAUGUAAUUCAUGUCGAAGCAGCAGCUUCGAUCCCUUGCGUCAUGCUCACCAGAUCGAGUCUCACGUCGUCGAUCUGUGCCAUUAUAUUUGGCUAUCGGUUUCGCCGGUUGUCGAUUUUCCUAUUCGCUAUGGUCAUCACGACAAUUGUUCCUAUCCGAGCUAGCCUCGCUCGCCAGCCGUCACGCCAUCUUUACCUGUUAGGCCGUGCGUUGCCGCGUUCACUUCGUUGUGUUGCCGCGUUCACUUCGUUGUGUCAUCGUGAACUUGUCGACAUACUGUUGUGGUACCUGGAUCGCGCUUGCUGUUGGGCCUAUGCUUCGUCGCCGAAGGUCUUCUAGGAAGAAGCGACCUUCGGCUGAAGCUGUUUGUGUAAGAUGGCCGAAGGUCCCUCUUCAUGAAGCUUCGGUAUCACAAACCGACUUAAAGAUAGAAUAACCUUUUGGUCCAUAAAGGUCUGAGUCAAUGUUGUAAACUUUCAUAAGGGACAUACUUGUAAUCUCUCACAGGCUGCGCCCUGUGCCUAUAAAUAGUGAACAGUAUUCCUUUACUGUUCACGUAUUCCUGUAUCUGCAAUCGCAUCAUUCGGAAACCAAUCUUUGCCAAGGCAGAGGUAUAACUGUAUUCAAU